AAAGCUUGACAGUGUUUAGUUAUUAGAAACGUUGGAAUGGAUAUGUUCAUAUUGAAACUCGACUCAUAUUGCUUGGAAUAUAUUUUGGCUUAUUUAGAUGUAAGAGAUGCGCUAAAUUUUGCAGAUACUUGUUCUCGCUUCCGUGACGUCUUUAAGCUGUGGGCAAGACGAAAAUAUGUCAUUUCUUAUAUCUUUGCGGACAUUUCUACAUUUGAACUCAAGCUGUUAUCGGUUAAUGCCGAAAAUAUACAGAAAAUGUAUAUAGAUGUUGAUGAUUUGAUUUUAUACUUAACCGAAAGUUACAAUAAAAGAAAAACGUAUUUUUUCAAAAAAUUUUGUAUGACUCUUAAAGAAAUGCAUAGCCUUCAAAAUGUUACUUUGUGCCAGGAAAAUAAAUAUGCUUAUGUACAAGAAAUACUGUUAGCUCUAAACGCUAUCGACAGUUUGAAGCACCUAAAGCUCUCCGCUCAGAAAUGCAAACCUUCAUUAUUGCGACGUUUUCAGCAACUGGAGAAUCUAUCAUUGAACGUGCCGUUGAGCUCUAAGGACCUGUUAGCUUCCUGCCAGUCAAUGACUUAUCUGAGUACGUUGCACUUGUCGGAUGAAGUGGGUAGUUCAAUGCUGAAAGAUAUCGUUCUUUAUUGCCCGCUUUUGCGUGAACUCAGCUUCCAUUUUAAGCCUCAGAAUAAUUCACUUAACUGCAUACGUGUUGGCAAAUCAAAUAUAUUUGGAGCCUUGGCGGAUAGAGCCAAAUACCUAAAAAUCUUAAGCGUUAGUGGCAUUAUAUCUGAUCUCUAUGAUGCCGAACAGCUCGCUCGCAUUAGUUCGUUAAACAUCCUCCGGUGCAGUUUCUCCAAUGAGGACUGUGUUCUGGCUCUAGGACAACUUAAUCUGCUUGAGGAGCUACGAAUUGUUUCUUGUUGUUUCACUAAUAUUGCCUUAAAAUACUUGGAACUGAUCAGAGCCUGCUCCAAACUGACUUUGCUGAGCAUAAUGGACUUCAGAAUAUCAUCAGAUUUCGGAUCAAUGGCUGCCACAGUUCUGGAAAAGUUUGUCGAUAGACAACCCCUGACGUUAUUCAUUUAUGGACAUCGAGAAUCGACAAUUGUGGCUAAUGCAGCAAAUAUAAAUAUGAACGUAGUAAAAUACCAAACCAUGACGCUUCAUGAAACAUUAAAACUGUUAUAAAUGUUCAACAUAAAAAGAAA